AAAAAGGAUCGGUCCGACGUAAGAGGACUUGCCAACGCCCACGUUGCGAUUCAGCGGUUCCGACGAACGGUUUCGAGCAUCGUUAUUCCUUCUCAUCUAUCGAACACCUACAGUCAUACCAAUAAAAAUUGGCUUCCGCUUACAGUUAGUAAUGACCCCGUUGCGUUGCGCGUUCGUGGUCUGGAUCGGCUGGCUACGACACUUUGACGCCGCGGCGGCGUGGACGAGUCGGACGGCGUGGUCGCCAGGAUUCCGUUCGUCCCGAGACGUCGCGACGGGAUGUGCGGCAGCUCCGGCGGACGCGAAAAGCGAUGCCGUCGCGGCGGUGACGGGCGUCACGCUCAAGGUGGCACUCGACGCCAACGGCGCCGCCGCCGAUCGAGCGGCAAACGAAUCGUUACGCUUUACGUGCGGAGAGGCCUUGGAUAUGGUCCACCGCUUGCGUUGUUGCAGUGACGCCGUUUUGGUGGGACGUGGAACCGUCCAAGCGGACAAUCCCUCGCUCACCGUACGACGCACCCCCUGCGACCGUCAACCUCUCCGGGUGGUGUUGGAUCCGCGAUUGGAACUGCUCCGACAGAAAACGGACCAGGGUGCCCGCUUCGCACUGUUGGAAGACGGACUCACCACGGUUGUGUACCACACUGUACCCGACUUGGACGAAGACUCUUUGAAUUUGCUGGAAACCAUCACUGUCGUAUACGUCCCGCCGACCAAACCAUCCGGCGACAAUGUGCCCCAUGGUGACUACCUCUCCGCUGCGACGCUGACACGGGAUUUGCGCGACCGCUUCGGGGUCAACCAUCUCAUGGUCGAAGGUGGUCCCCUCACGGCCCGACAAUUUCUCUACGAACACCAAGUGGACCGGGUCAUUCUCGUUCACGCUUCCCUGUGCUUUCGGCAGCCGUUGGAGUCGGGUUUGACCGAAAAAGUACUCGUCGAUGCCGGAUUGGAAAAAUUGGGCACGGAACCUUGUGGAGUCGACCAAAUUGAAUACUGGUCCCGACCCGAGCUGCCCUGGCCAACGACGGAACUAUCCAAGUGGCCUUGA